UCAGAAAAUGCCCGGAUUAGGUCGUAAACAACGAUGGAUCCGCAGCGUGAAGCGCAUCGCCCAAUACCACAGUGCAGAUUGAGGUUUCUGAUUUGAUUGUGUUGGCGACAACCAGAACGCCGUGUCCCGGGUCGUCGGGGGUGUAGAAUAGAUCAGAUGUUCAGGCGAAAUCUACAAGACAGCGCAAACCAGUCGGUCUGGAGAGAGUGAAGACACUAGCUCCUUAGUGACCCGCUAGGUGCUUUAAUGGAUAAUACUGAGGUGGCCAAAUUACAAGACAAACUCAAGUGGAUGAGACUGCACAACUACUAAGAACUACAAAUCCCACCCUCUCAUGUUUCAUGAAUUGUAGUUCCCACAAGCAAUGUUUCCACCCAGGACGGACCAGUUUGAAUUAUUGACGCAAUAAGAACCAACCCCAGCAUUCCAGUGGGUCUCAUCUCCAGACUUAGCCUUUGACCCAGAGAAGGACCACGGGAAGGAUGGGGAACAAAAGCAGCGGCCCAAACCGAGGCACCGAGACUGGGCCUGCUCUGGGAGGCGAUGGGGGGUCUGCGGAGGUCAUAUCAGCAGGUCCCAGAGGUGGGCCCAGCCCAGAGCUGCUGGCCUCCCUACAGACCCUGGGGGAACACAGCGACCACGCCCUGCUGCCCCAGUCACUGCACCAGAUUGCCGAGGCCUACUCCCUUGAAGAGGACUAUCCCUGGGCGGUCCAGUUCCUGCAGUUGGAGAGACUUUAUCAUGAGCGCCUGUUGUCCAAUCUCACCGCCCUGCAGGAGAGCUGGGAAAGCCAGUGCAGAGAGAGCACCCAAUCCCUGAGCAGAUUGUCACUAGAGCCCAACAGCAUUGGUCAGGAGCACAUAGAUGUUCUCAGCAAGAUCUGCAGGACCCACCACAGGCCUACACUCGGCGCACACGUGCAGAGUAUGGCAGACGCAAGUCGGAAGGACAUCCCAAACACCAGGGGGCAGUGUGGCAGGAGGGAGGAUGAGGAGGAGGUCAGAGAGGGUGCAGCUGAAAUCACUUCACAUGAACCAGACCAGGAGAGGGAGGAGGGUGAGGAAGGAGGGGAAGAUGAGGUGGGCGGAGACUCGUGUCUGAUCCUGCUGUUGUUGUGCUUGGUCACCGUGGUGAUGAGCCUGGGCGGGACAGCGGUGUAUUGCGCCCUGGUGGACUCCUGCUCCAGUAUUUGCACCGACUUCUCCCACAACGCCAACUUCUACAUGACUCACGCGCGCCGCUUCCUGGACGAGUUGAGACGUUGGCUGCCCCUGAGGUCAUAACCAGCUCACGACAGGUCAGGAACGGGUCAUGGAGAAGCUCAUGGACUUUCUCUGUGUGAGAAGGGGAUUGGAUGAUGCUAGUCUCACUCUGAUGAAGAGGAGUGGUGAAAAAGGAAGGACGUUCUACCUUGAUUUGAGGGGACAGAGGCUGAGGCUGACUGGGUGAACGGAUGUAUACAGGCCUUGAGUGGUAGAUAACAUUUGGAGUGGUUUCAUUAGAAAGCCUACUUGAGUGUUCAUGGCACAUAUUUGAUGCAGUCAGUGUCAAUGCCUAAAUGUUUCACAUACACUGCUGUUUUUCCUUUUAAAGAAUGACACAUCAGUGAUGGUCAACAGAAUAAAUCUUAAGGAGGAAAGACAACUCGUACCACACAGAAGUACAUGAAAACUAACUGUACAGUAGCAAAAACAUGUGUAGCGCAGUUGAAUGGGAACAAAUCACUAAAGUUGUACUUAUGGCUUAUGAAGAACAUAAAACAAUGAGAUUGAACUUAGAUACAUUUUUAUAUGUACCAUUAUGAGGUAUAGUGGAACAAUGAUUUUACAGAUUGAGUUUCCUUGACUCUUUCACACGCAAUCCGUGUGUUUUGUACGACAUCGUCUUACAAAUACAACAUUCCACAAAUUGUAUUAUACUUGAGCGGCUGACUUUUAACUGUAGGUCGCUUUGGAUAAAGAUGUCAACACAUACACACAGUUAAAUGAAAGUGGUUGUCAGGUGAGGUAAUUAUCAUAUAUUUUUACAUUAUUAUCAGGCAAAACACUAAAACUUUGGAGAAUGUGCAUGCUGAGGUGUGUGUGGGUUACAGUAGAGCACGGCUCCUGAUGUUCUGUGAGAGUAUAUUCUAGUAUAUCCCAAAUCUAAAAUAAUCCCAACGACCAUGUAUUUAAACGUGUCAUCUUGGGUGUCAGUAAACAACACACAGUACUGUAUGGCUCUCUCCAAAGACUCAGGCACUUCCUACCAUCAGUGCUCAGUGUUUUACCUCUUCUAUAACGGCUCAAAUGUACUGGCUUUGUAUUCUAAGAACAUUAUAUGUUUUUCACAAUCCUUUUAGUAUCGUUUAACCGGGUGUAUUUUUUUGUACAUUUUCUUGCUCUCCUGAAUUGUGUAUGUCUUACGUAUUACCCUAUCUGACGUGCAACACUCAACAUGUUUAACACGAGUGGACUCUGGCUGGCCCCAGAGAAAUCAAAAGUAGAGACAGGCGACCAUUACUGGAAUGACACAGACAAAAUCCCUUUUAAGCAUGGAUUCAUUCCAUUGUGUUGCACUUGUGUUUUUGAUAUGCUAAAUCAUAAUUUCUCCGUCUAUUGCUCAAAGUUGUUGAGUCGAGGCCAAUGAUUUGUUACCUCCAGUUGUCACAGUGCUGCUGUACAUUGUUUACUAUCAAAUGUUGCAUCAGAGCAAUAUUUAUGGAAGCAAAUCAGUGACAUAAGGUUUUGAAUUUGAAAAGGUAUUGAAUACUUACUAUUGAAAUUAUAAACACAAGCAAAUGUGUUGGUUUGGAAUUCACCUCUUUAAAAUUGAAACAUUAAUUUAUUUCAAUGUUUUUGUUAUCACAUUUCAAUUUUAAAGAGGUGAAUUCAAAUCCAACAAAUUCGGUGAUGUUCAAUUUUCAAUAUUAAGUGCCUUUUACAAUGCCUUUUACAAUUCAAAACAUUAUGUGACUGAUUUGCUUCCAAAAAUAUCUGAAUUGUUUUUAUCUUAUAUUCUUUAUGUUGACUUGUAUUCUUAGAUUAAUAUAAAUUAUAUCAAAUAAAUAAAAUCAAUCUG